AUGAAAAAGUCCAAAGCUUUUGCAAGCUUUAGACUAACAAGCUACUCUUUAUUCCUCACAAGAUCAUCAUUGAACUACUCCUCAAUUCCUUCAAACUCCACCAACCACCACCAAAUCUCUCCACUUUCUAGCACUAACGACCCACUAGCCUUUGCAGCAGCCCUUUUCUUAUCUUCCACCAAGAACUCACCCAUUCUUGGGACCCAAAUCCAUGGGAAAAGCUUCAAGCUUGGCUUCUCCAAUGACAUCUUCUCUCAGAAUAAUUUGCUGGGUAUGUACUCAAAGUGUGGGCAUUUGUGGGAUGCCUUUAAGGUGUUUGAGGAAAUGCCUGAGAGGAAUCUUGUGUCUUGGACGUCGAUGAUCUCUGCAUUUGUUCAUAACGGUGAAUAUUGGAUGAGUUUGAAACUUUAUCUUGAAAUGUUGAGAGCUGGUUUUUGUCCCAAUGAGUUUGGGCUUGCCGCUGUUCUUACCGCAUGUGCUGCAAUGAACAUUGUUGAAUUUGGUCGCUCAAUUCAUUCUGUUGCUCUGAAGAUUGGAUUGGAUUGCAAUCCAUUUGUAGGUAGUUCACUUUUGCAUAUGUAUGCGAAGUGUAGAUGCAUUGGUUUUGCGGAAUUUGUCUUUGAGUUUAUAGAGCACAAGGACUUGGCCUGUUGGAAUGCUAUGGUGGAGGGUUAUGCAAUCAAUGGAUAUGGUUGUGAUGCAAUAAGAACCGUAAGUCUUAUGCACUGCAAUGGGCUCAUUGCUGAUCAAUUCACCUAUGUAAGUGCUCUUAAAGGUUGCAUAAUCACCGGGAACUUGAGUUAUGCACAACAAAUUCAUGGGAUGAUUGUAUCCAGUGGAUUGGAGUUCAGUACUUCAGUUAUGAAUGCACUUACUGACACAUACUAUAGGAAUGGAAUGAAGGAUUCUGCAUUGAAGAUAUUCUGUAGAAUUAAGGGCAAAGAUAUUGUUUCAUGGAAUACUGUGAUAUCCAGCUUUGCACAAGAAGAGGAAUCUCAAGAAGUUGUGGCUUUAUUUUGCAAACUGCUACUCUCUGGCUUGAGACCGAAUGAAGUUACUCUCUCUAUCAUUUUCAGGCUAUGUGGUUCUAUGAAAGAUCUUUCUCUUGGGCUUCAGUUUUUUUGCUUUACUUAUCGUCUCGGACUCUUCAAUGAUAUGUUGGUCGUGAGUUCACUUGUUAGUAUGUUCUCUAAAUAUGGUUUGGUGGAGAAUGCAUACCACAUGUUCAGGAGUGCCCCUGCUAGAAUUAUAGUUACAUGGAAUGAAAUGCUCACCGGGUAUGUCUCAAAUGACCAUUUUAAAGAGGCAUUACAGCUUUUCCGCAGAGCAAUAUGGUCAGAUGUUAACCUGGAUGAAUAUACAUACUCAACCAUUUUCAGUGCAUGUCAAGGACCCGAAGAUCUGAAGUUGGGUGAAGAAAUUCAUGCACGUAUCAUCAAGUUAGGUUUUUGUUCCAGUUGUGCUGUGAGCAGUGCAAUGUCUCAUGCAUAUUCAAGAUUUGGUUCAGUAGAGAGCUCCUUUAAAAUUUUCCAAGAUUCUGAGGUUCUUGAUAUGGUUUCUUGGGGGACUAUAAUUUCUGCAUUCUCAAAGCACGGCUUCACCAACGGAACAAUUUCACUUAUCAAUUGCCUAAGAGGAAGGGAUGAGAAUUUGGAUGAAUUCAUACUAAGCAGUGCUCUGAAUGCAUGUGCUAACGUUGCUGCUUUCAACCAUUGCAGAUGCAUCCAUGCGCAUGUACAGAAGACAGGAUAUGAGAGCCAUGUGGCUGUAGCAAGUGCUGCAGUUGAUGCUUAUUCUAAAUGUGGAGAUAUCAGCAGCUCUAAACUGGCUUUUGAUUCCUCUUCAAGAGAAGAUGAUGCAGUUCUUUUCAAUGCCAUGAUCACCGCCUAUGCUCAUCACGGCUUGAUAGCAGAGGCUGUAGAACUUUUUGAGAAAAUGGAACAUGUGAAUGUAAGUCCUAGUCAUACGACAUUUGUAGCAGUUAUUUCAGCUUGCAAUCAUCUGGGAUUAGUAGAAGAGGGACAGCUUUUCUUCAAUUCCAUAAGCACUGAUUACGGGAUGAGCCCUUCAAAGGAUAAUUUUGCUUGCUUGGUUGAUCUUCUUGCACGAAAUGGACUCCUUGAGAAAGCUAGACAUGUUAUUGAGUGCAUGCCUUUUGAACCUUGGCCUGCCAUUUGGAGGUCAUUGUUGAAUGGUUCCCGGAUUCAUGGUGAUAAAGUAAUGGCUACACUGGCUGCAGAACGAAUAUUUCAGUUGAUGCCAGGUGAUGUUGAUGCUCAUGUGUUGUUGUCAAAUGUGUGUGCUGAAGAUGGAAGGUGGGAAGAUGCUAAUAAGGUGAAAAUGAAAAUGGAAGAAGAGGGUCUGAACAAGAUACCUGGAUUCAGUAAAAUCGAGAUCUAG